UACCCCAUUUCCUUACCCUUACGUAAAUCUCAUCCAAUAGUAGCAACAUUUGCCGUCAUGUUGUGACCACUUGUUUUUUCGGCCAAGGAGUGCAUAACAAACCCUCACAUGUUUGUACCCCUAUCACCGCCGCAGGCUGCUUUCGGGUGGAGGGCGUAUUAACAGUUACAGCAUUGUUACGUCGAGGGGCUAGGCUAGCGUAACACCGCAACGCAUCGGUGACAAGAGUACAAAACUUCGACACGUCGUUGCCAACCAUGCCUCCAGCUCGCAGGCGUAACCCGGCCCGAAAACGAAAGGCGGAUACGGCACCGACGGUCCCGACUCGUCUCCUGACAGGCGCGGAGGAUGGCCUGGAGGUUCGUCAUUUCGGGGCCAAGGGCAGAGGGGUGGUCGCCACGAGGCCGUUUCACAAGGGCGAAUUCAUCUUGGAGUAUAAAGGGGACUUAGUGACGAGGUCAGAGGCCAAUGAGCGGAUCAAACUGUACAGCCUGCACGACAACAGCUACAUUUUAGAGUUUAAGUACAAAGAGAAGUGGAUGUGUAUCGACGCCACCGCCGAAACACCCCAUCUCGGCCGGCUGGUGAACCACGCCCGGGGCGAUGAGAACUUGAAGCUGCAACUGUUCGCGGUGGACGGCCAGCCCCGCGUCGGCCUCGUCGCCAAGCAAGACAUCCAGGUCGGCGAGGAGCUGACCUACGACUACGCCGAGUGGCGCAGGGACGUGCUGCGGGACAUGCCGUGGCUCAAGGCCAAAGGGGCGCAGCCGUCCGCCGCAGCUCUACCGUCGUGGAUCCCGCGAGUGGAGGACCUCCCGCCACCGCCGCCAGGCUAUCCUCCCGUGAUCCACUACAUGCGCUACGUGGUCAGGGCUUACACUAGCCACUUUGGCAUCGGCAGUGGAACCAGCGAGGGCUCGGGGUGACAACGGCCUUCCUCCAUUUCGAACCGCCCGUGUACCAAACAGCGAAACUUUCUUUAUUUCUAUUCUCUUGAGGUGUUGGGUUUAUCGUCUAGACACGUUUUUUUUCUUUUGUCUGCUAAAUAAAUUUGAUCACUUAUUGUA